CAUUAACUUUCCCGAUUGUCAAAAUGUCAUCAAAUGCCAAGCAAACGCCCAUUCCAAAUGCGAUUAAAUUCCUCUUCGGAGGAACAGCUGGAAUGGCAGCUACAGUAUUUGUCCAGCCUCUAGACCUGGUUAAGAACAGGAUGCAGAUGAGUGGUGAAGGAGGUGGUGCUAAAGCCCAUAAAACCAGUGUUCAUGCCAUCAAAAGUAUUAUUAAAGAGGAGGGAGCACUUGGUCUGUACAAUGGACUCUCAGCUGGAUUAUUACGACAAGCCACAUACACCACCACCAGGCUGGGAAUAUACACAACGUUAUUUGAUAUGGCUAUAGGUGCCGAUGGAAAACCUCCACCAUUUUUAAUGAAGGCUGGCAUAGGUAUGAUAUCUGGAGCAAUAGGGGCGUUUGUAGGGACACCGGCUGAAAUCUCUCUAAUCAGAAUGACUUCAGAUGGAAGACUGCCAGUGGCUGAGAGGAGAGGCUAUACAAGUGUUUUCAAUGCCUUGGCCAGGAUCACAAGAGAAGAAGGCCUCUUGACACUGUGGAGGGGAUGCGGUCCGACCGUUGCCAGGGCGAUGGUGGUAAACGCAGCUCAGCUUGCAUCCUACUCACAGGCUAAACAGUUCCUACUAGGAACAGGUUACUUCCAAGAUAAUCUCUUUUGUCAUUUUGGUGCUAGUAUGAUCAGCGGUCUAGUGACUACUAUUGCAUCAAUGCCAGUCGAUAUUGCCAAAACAAGAAUCCAGAACAUGAGGAUAAUAGAUGGAAAGCCUGAAUACAGGGGUGCCAUUGAUGUACUGUCACGCACCAUACGCAGUGAGGGAUUCUUCAGUCUCUGGAAGGGCUUCACUCCGUACUACACCCGCCUGGGACCGCACACCGUACUCACCUUCAUCUUCCUAGAGCAGUUCAACAGGCUCUACCGAGAAAGAGCCGCGAACAAGUCCUAGAUCUAGGCCCUAGAUCUAGGUCCUACAUCUAACCCUCCUUUGCUCAGGGGUGGACUGGCCAAGGGGAGUUUGGAGAGUUUUCCCACCGGCCGCUCUAUAUUUUGGAUUGAGGGCCGAUCCAUUUCGAGGGGUCAGUUACCCAAAGACAUAACUCCAUUUUGGCCAUUUUGAGUACUUGGGCCGUAAGGAGUUAAGUCUUUGUGUUUCUUAGC